UAUGUGAUCCCUCUCUCCUUAUAAAGGGAUCCAUUCUUUCAAACAGUUACUACCAAAGUCAUCAUCAGGUAGAUCAGUAAUCAUCAGUUAGACUGUAUGAUCCUAUUGGUCAUGUGGCCAGUGACAUUGCUACUAAUGUUAGACUAUUGUGCUUUGAUGAAUUUCAAGUUACUGAUAUCACUGAUGCUAUGAUACUUAAAAGUCUCUUCACAUUAUUAUUUAAUAAUGGAGUGACUGUUGUAGCUACUUCCAACAGACACCCUGAAGAUUUAUAUAAAAAUGGUCUACAGAGGGGUAAAUUUCUCCCAUUUAUUGAUGUGCUAAAGGAUCAUAAUCAUUGUACUGUUAUCCAACUGGAUUCAAUUGAUUACAGGAAGAAGUUAUUAUUAUCUGAAGGAGUGUACUUAGUUCCUAAUUCAACUAUCAAUAAUUCUAAAUUGUUUCAAUUAUUUACUGAACUCUGUCAAAGGGAAGGAAAAGUUAUUUCACGGACCAAGUUAAAGUUUUUAGGGCGAGAGCUACUCAUAGACCAGUCGUGUGCUGACUUGGCAUAUUUCCACUUUGAUGAGCUUUGUAACAGACCUCUAAGUGCUGCUGAUUACAUUGAAAUACGUAAAGUAUUCAAUACAAUAUUCACACAAGAUAUUCCAUGCAUUACUAACCAAAUGAGGACUCAAGGAAGACCAUUCAUUACAUUAAUAGAUACACUUUAUGAUCAUAAAGUUGAGUUAGUGUGUACUGCUCAAGGUUCUCCUUCAAAAUUAUUUUCCAAUAAAAUAAUGACAAGUGACAGUGAUCAUACCAGACAACUAAUGGAUGACCUUCAAAUUAAUCAAGAGGAUGCAGUGUCUUACAAUGAAGGUACUGCUUUUGUGAAAGAAGCAGCAGCUAACAGUGAUGAAGGUGCUGUAGUGUGCUGA